AUGCCUCAAGCAUUAGUUAGAUUACGAGCAGCCAAUGUAUUGAUCCGUGUACAAAAAAUUCGUGUGAAAUCAGAGGGAUUUCUGGGCUUGCGAAAACAUGCGGAAUAUGAAAUUCUCACAAAAUAUAUGUCCGAUCGAGAUGGUUGGACACAAUCGGUUUCGUAUUUUCGCUAUAGUGAGCUGCGAGCAUUUCAUAAAGUGCUUCGUCGAAAUUUUCCACGAUUUCUUUGUGAUAAUUUAUCCUAUGAAUUCCUAUUAAGUCGCGCACAUAAAAUAGAAAAUUUCCUAAUUCAAUUAGUAAAAUCUUUUGGCGAUGUUGACGUCGUAUUAAAAUUUCUUGGGAUUGAUUUGGAUAAUUUGACGCCCGGACGAAUUCCAAAUGAAGGUUUAGCAUCAUAG